GUAAAGGAAAGGACCAAUUAACCCCAGCCGUCGCCUCUCUGCCCUCCGGAAAACUUUCUUCUUCCUUCCUCCGAGCCUCCUCACCCCCGAGGCCUCAGAUCGCCUGACGGAUGCAGAUGGAGGAGGAGGAGGGAGGCUCCUUGCCUGCCGUGUACAUGGCGCGACCAUCGCUGCUGCUCUUCUUCCAGAAGGAGUGGCUGAACCUUGACAUGUAUAUUAGACCCUCGACGCGCAAGAGCCGCAGACACAACCUGCCGUUGGCUUGCGAUGGGGAGGUGUAGUCUCUCCGAUACCUUGCGAGUGAACUGUGAGG